AUGAUCCAAUUGGAAGAACGUGACAUACCAAUAAUACCUGGUACGAAGUUAGAUGAGAACGAAACAAGGGAGUUGCGUCUCAUGGUUGCUGAAUUAUUAGGUAGAAGAAGUGUCACAUUUCCAGGAUCACAACCAAUAUCAUUUGAAAGAAAACAUCUAGAAGAAACUUUAAUGCAAAGAGAUUAUUUUGUUUGUGAAAAAUCAGACGGGCUAAGAUGUCUAUUGUUCAUAAUAAAUGAUCCAGAUAAAGGUGAAGGUGUAUUUUUAAUUACUCGUGAGAAUGAUUUUUAUUAUAUCCCAAACAUUCAUUUUCCCUUGACAACAUCAUCAAGUCCGACCUAUCAUCAUGGGACAUUACUCGACGGUGAAUUAGUACUUGAAAAUAAGAAUGUAAGUGAAGCUGUGCUUCGAUAUUGUUUGUUCGAUGCUUUAGUAAUAAAUGGUAAAUGUAUAACAGAUAGAGUUCUACCUAAAAGGUUGGGAUAUAUAACUGAAAAUGUGAUGAAACCAUUCGAUCAAUUCAAAAAAAUGAACCCAAAUGUUGUUAACUCACCCAAUUUUCCAUUCAAAGUUGGAUUCAAAACUAUGGUAUUUGCUCAAGAUUCAGGAAAAGUUUUGAAAAAAAUGGAUCAAUUAUUUCAUUCUUCUGAUGGAUUGAUUUAUACUUGUGCUGAAACACCAUAUGUAUUUGGAACAGAUCAAACUUUACUCAAAUGGAAACCUGCAAAUGAAAAUACAAUUGAUUUCCAACUUGAAUUUAAUUUCAAUAAAUUUAAAGACCCUGAUAUGGAUCCCAGAGAUCCAAGCUCGUCAUAUUUGGAUUAUGACUCAAAACCGGAUUCUAUAAAAUUGAGGGUAUGGCAAGGUUCAAACGUUCAUACAGAUUUCUCACAACUUGAUUUAUUAGAUUCAGAUUGGGAAAGAUUAAAGGAAUUGGGGGAACCUCUACAAGGUAGGAUUGCUGAAUGUAGACAAUCUACAACGAAAAAAGGCUAUUGGGAGAUGUUGAGAUUUAGAAAUGAUAAAAGUAAUGGUAAUCAUAUUAGUGUUGUUGAGAAGAUUUUAUUGUCCAUCAAGGACGGAGUCACAGAAGAAGAGUUGGUUGAAAAGUGUCCCGAAAUUGGGAAAGCAUGGAAACGAAGAGAAAUGGAGAGAAGAAAUAAGCACUCUCAUAAUGGAGAGCACGCAGAUGAACCACUGGCUAAACGAGCAAAAGCGGGACACCUGUCUCCAAAACCACCACAACCACAACAACAACAUCGACAACUGCAACAACAAGAACACCAAGAACAUCAGCGACAGCCUCAGCCACAUGGGAGAGAACAACUUGAUGAAAUACCAACUUACGAAGAUAGCGAUGAUGAUUGA